CCCACCACAAAUCCUUCUCCCUCCUCAAGUUUUCAAUACUUCUCCUCCGUUUAAUUUAUCUCUUCUUUAAUUUAGGGUCAGGUGCUGCUGCUCCCUUUGUUAAGCCUCCGUCGCCACUCAACAGUGAUCAUCAUCGCUCAGCGACGAUCCCUUUUCAGAUUAUUUGGGAGGCAAAAGCUUCCAACUUGAGAUGGCUUCUGUUCAGCUUACUUUGGCCUCCUCAACUGUGGGCAAGAAUCUGAACAACUCUUCUCCGAUCAAAUUUCCUAGCAGUUCUUCCCUGCCCUGUGCUCAUAUUUCUGGUUUGGGAAGAAAGUUUGUUUGUCUCAGUUCUUUUUCAGGCCCAAAAGUGGCCAGUAAUGGCGAGAAACCAAAGCAAAGGAAGCAUACUGUCGACCCCAAUGCCCCAAACUUUCUUCCCCUCCCAUCGUUUGAAGAGUGCUUCCCAAAGAGCUCAAAAGAGCACAAGGUGAUUGUUGAUGGGCAAUCUGGUCAUGUUCUCCAAGUCCCAUUUCGGCGCAUCCACCUUACAGGAGAUAAUUUUCAUUUUGACACUUACGAUACAAGCGGUCCCCAGGGCAUUAACCCGCGCGCCGGACUCCCCAAGUUACGCAAGGAGUGGAUUGAUAGAAGGGAGAAGAUGGGUGGGCCGAGGUACACUCAAAUGUUCUAUGCAAAACAGGGAAUCAUAACUGAGGAGAUGACAUUUUGUGCUGCCCGUGAGAAACUCGACCCGGAGUUUGUGCGGUCCGAGGUUGCCCGUGGACGUGCAAUCAUUCCUUCAAACAAAAAGCACUUAGAGUUGGAGCCAAUGGUUGUAGGAAGGAAAUUCUUGGUCAAAGUCAAUGCCAACAUCGGGAAUUCAGCUGUCGUUAGUUCCAUUGAGGAAGAAGUGCAAAAACUGCAAUGGGCAACGAUUUGGGGUGCAGAUACUAUCAUGGACCUCUCCACGGGGCAUCACAUCCACGAGACACGCGAAUGGAUCUUGCGCAACUCCGCUGUCCCCGUGGGGACCGUGCCGAUCUACCAAGCAUUGGAAAAAGUUGGUGGGGUCGCCGAGAAGCUUUCUUGGGAAGUUUUUAGAGACACGUUGAUUGAGCAAGCUGAGCAAGGGGUUGAUUACUUCACCAUCCAUGCCGGUGUCUUGCUCCGGUACAUUCCCUUGACUGCAAAGCGAAUGACUGGGAUUGUUUCCCGCGGAGGCUCCAUACAUGCAAAGUGGUGCUUAGCCUAUCACAAGGAGAAUUUCGCUUAUGAGCAUUGGGAUGACAUAUUAGAUAUAUGCAAUCAAUAUGAUGUAUCUUUAUCCAUCGGUGACGGGCUGAGACCGGGAUCCAUUUAUGAUGCAAAUGACAGUGCUCAAUUUGCCGAGCUCUUAACUCAAGGAGAAUUGACGCGCAGAGCUUGGGAAAAGGAUGUGCAGGUAAUGAAUGAAGGGCCUGGACACAUCCCAAUGCACAAGAUUCCAGAAAACAUGCAGAAACAGUUGGAGUGGUGUAAUGAAGCACCUUUCUACACCCUUGGACCACUCACCACUGACAUAGCGCCCGGAUACGACCACAUAACCUCAGCCAUAGGUGCAGCCAAUAUAGGAUCGCUCGGCACCGCUCUCCUUUGUUAUGUCACUCCAAAAGAGCAUCUCGGCUUGCCAAAUCGGGAUGAUGUGAAAACGGGAGUUAUAUCAUAUAAGAUAUCUGCGCAUGCUGCGGAUCUAGCAAAAGGUCACCCUCAUGCACAAGCUUGGGAUGAUGCUAUAAGCAAGGCGAGGUUUGAGUUCAGGUGGAUGGACCAGUUCGCUUUGUCGCUUGACCCAGUCACAGCCAUGGCCUUCCACGAUGAAACUCUCCCGUCGGACGGUUCUAAAGUGGCACAUUUCUGCUCCAUGUGUGGGCCGAAGUUCUGUUCUAUGAAGAUCACUGAGGAUAUAAGGAAGUAUGCCGAGGAACACGGGUAUGGAAAUGCAGAGGAAGCUAUCCAGCAUGGGAUGGAUGCUAUGAGUGCACAGUUCCAAGCUGCAAAGAAAACUGUGAGUGGGGAACAACACGGUGAGGUUGGAGGGGAAAUCUAUCUCCCAACCAGUUACAUUGACUCUUUGAAGAUCUAAAUGAGGAUAAGGAUAUAUUCUGAAGGAACGGGUUUUGAUCUUCUGCUGCAAUACUAGCCAUUCAAACAAGGCUCAAGAUCUCAAUCCUUUCAUGGUAAGUAAGUAUUUGGUUUUGAUUUGUGUGCAAUAAAACAGUGAAGUUCGAACUUUUUUGUUGUUGUUUCAGAACCUCCAUCUCUUUUAUCAAUAAUAAUGUAAACCCUUCAAAUAUGUACCUGCGCUCUGUGUGUGUUUGUUUGUUGGAACGAUGAUUUGACAUAGAAAUGCACCAGGGGUGUCUGUAUCAGCCAGGGUGACGUGGCUGAACAGGCUGAGAAAGUCCCUUUGAACCUGAACAGGAUAAUGCCUGCGUAGGGAGCGUGCUUUUUUUUUUGUUUUGUUUUUUCGACAGGGAUAUGGACGACGUACUUGAGAGGCUACAACCACUGGCUCGCCCCUCAUAUUUUAGUCUACCCUCUUGUGGGAUGACUGAGAUCACAGUUGCACCGAGCUAAGCGAUAUUCCCAUCAAACUAAAAUGUCACUUCUAUCAGGGAUGCCACACCCAACUAUUCUUCCAUGGCUUCAAGAAGAACUUCACUUCUAUUCACAUAGGAGUGGGAUGUGAGUAAUAGUUUAGUGGCUUUUUUUCUUUAUUUUUGUGUGGUUGGUCAUUCAUUCGCCGCUUUAUUCUAUGUUGAUUUUUUGUUUUGUUUAUUGCAAUGGCUUUUGUAUCCUGCCGUGUAGGUGGUUUUUUUUGUUGUUGUCAUACAGUAUCAAAGUUCAUCUUCUCAUUUGCCCAAUUACGGAGUAUUCAUCUGCCAUAGGGGUUGGGCGUUGAGUAUGGAUUGAGCCUUGAGCAGAUGAACUCCGGUACUCCAUGGCAGCUUGAAAGCCACCAACAACUCAGGAUACAAAAGACAUUGUAGCACACAAAAUUUAAAAGAAAAUAACACAAAAUAAAGUGGUGGAUGAAUAACCAACAGUAAAAAAAAUACUACGCAAUUACUUAAAUCUCACUCCUAUAUGCAUAAGGUCAUGUUCUCUUCAACUUAUUCUUAUUACUUACUCUCUUUGUUCUUAAAAACACUUCCUCUUUCAUUUUUUUCACUUCCAACAAAACAUUUCCACUUUCAUUUAAAAAACUACUUUUACCAUU